UUGCUCAUGUAUGGUCCUGUUUUCACGGUUGGUCAAAGUCGUAGCUGCAACUUGUACUUGAAGGAUUCAUCUGUGAGUUCAGUUCUUUGUCGACUGAAGUUUGUACAGCGGGAGGAAGGAUGCACCAGUAUAUUGGAAAAUGCAGGAGCUAAAGGAUCCAUUGAAGUCAACGGAAAGCCUGUCAAAAAGAACUCAGAUGUCAUCCUUUGGGCUGGGGAUGAGCUGGUGUUUAGUUCAUCUGGCAACCAUUCUUAUAUUUUUCAGCAGCUUACAGUUGAGAGUCCUACUGCUGCAUCUUCUAUCGGUAUUGCAGAGGCUCACAGUGCCCCUUUAAAAUGAGGUUCAAGUUGAAGCAAGAUCUCGUGAUCCAUCUGCUUGCUGUGGGAGGGGCAUCAAUAUUGGCGUUUCUAUCAAACCUUGGGAAUGAUCUGUCACUUCUGCCUCCACCUUCCCAAAGCAAUGAGGAUGCCCAACAAGCAAUACGGAGACCAGCAUUAUCUACUGCCUUUGAAGUACCAGACGAUUCUGUUCCCGUGCUUGAUAUCAAUACCUGCACCAGGAAAGACAGUGCUGAUCAAAAUUCUGGAACUGAUGUGCCACUAGAUGACAAUGCACCCGCACCAGCUGAACAAACAUCCAGAGUAGAUCUUAAUGUUGGCAACAUGGAUCGUGGUAUGAAUGCAGAUAAUGGCAGAUGGAACUUUAAGUCCAUUUCACAUAAAAAAUUUAUGCGUAUGCUGAAGGAUACAGCUGACAUUGAUCCAAGUGGGUCCUUUUUCAAACAAUUACGUGAAGAUAGAAAGGAGAUGUUUAAGGAUUCUGAUUCAUCAACACUUUUGCCAAUGUCUGCUAAAUGUCAAGCUUUUAAGGACAACAUGCGCGAGGGAAUUCUGGAUGGUCAAAACACUCAAGUGUCAUUUGACAACUUCCCUUAUUAUUUGAGUGAAAACACAAAAAAUGCGUUGAUUUGUCCUAUCUACAUACAUUUGAAGCGCAAGGAGUUUGCCAAGUUUACCACAGAUCUUCCUACUGUUAGUGCAAGAAUUUUGUUAUCGGGUCCUUCAGACAUAUAUCAGGAGACAUUGGCAAAAGCACUUGCCAACUUUUUUGGUUCCAAAUUGCUUAUAGUAGAUGCAAACUCAUUACCGAAUAGGCUGUUGGCAAAGGAUUCAGAUGUUAACAAGGAUGGUGUAAGAGUUGAGAAGUUAUCCGGUUCUGUUAAACAUCGUUCUUCACAUUCAGAUGCUGUGCAGCAGAAGAAGCCAACUUCUAGUGUUGAAGCAGAUAUUGGUUGCUCUUCUGCCAUUAACUCGAAAUCCCCACCGAAACAGGAGGCUUCAACUGCAUCAUCCAAAACCUAGUCCAGCUCAGUUGGCUAGCCCCAACGACUCCUUUUGGAGCAAUCGGACCUAGUCCAACUGCUAGUUCUCUUCUAUCUUCUAUUUUUUCUUUUUUUAUUCCUUAGUUCUUCGUUGUGUAUGUACUGCUCUUGUUUUUGCCAUUGUGAGGAAGUCAUUUUCUGCAGCUUUUGGUAGGACUCAAUAAUAUUUUUCAUUCUCUA